UAUUUGUUGUCGCGGUCUCCAAAACCAUACUCCAGGGCGUUUAUGCAUUGGCGCCUAUCAUAUCGGUAUAGCUGUUUAUCAGAUAUCCCUCCGUUAUCGUCAUUACGACCUCUGAAUGAACGCAGACACUGUACUUUCAAAGUGCCUUCAAUUGCAUAAUGCAGUGUAACGUGUCCAGCUAGUGGCACGGAAAGGCUGCGGUUGCCCAUGGCACGCGCGCGCCCCAGCCGCAACUCCAAUCCGAAAAGAGCCUACAGGCAUGGCGCGGCUCGCCCAUAAUCACCCAUAAGCUCACAGCUUUUAUCAAUGGUCCAUGCACCAUCUACCAUCCACCAUCAAGCAUCAUCCAUUAAGGCAUCAGAAGUGCUAAGCCAAUGACUGCUCCUGGGCCCUGGGCCCUGUUCCCAGGGGCUUAUUUUACUGACCAAAUCGCGGCAUUCUUUGUCGCCGACGCAUCAUAUAUGUAUGCGAAACGGUGCCAUCAGUAAGCCAACUUUUAGGCAUGUGGAUGCGGUUGGCUUUAAGAGCGGAGAGCCCCCACUAAGAGCACUCGCCACUGCUCUCUCUCUCUCGCCGUUGCCACAUUCUCUCUCUCGGUGCUUUGCACCUACCAACUGGAUGGUCUGCUCGGCGGAGGAUGCCACUGCCUGCGACAAGCAACAAUUUUCAUUGAUAAAAACGCCAGCUGCUGGAUCCUGUGGCUCAGUCGUACGCGAGCCUUCAGUCAGUCCGUGCCGGAUUGGCGAAAGUCCUUUGGGAGUCUGACGAGUCGGUCGCUUCGGUGGAUCUCCGUUUCCGUGUGAGGGUCCCCGACUUAAUUAAAACUCGCGUACACGCCGCGUGUCAACAAGUUUAUUUCCUGCAUAAGCAGCUCAGAGCGGCUUACGAAGAUAUCAAACAAACGGCUUAAGGCCUUUAAAAAAAUCACCAUUCAGCAUAAUUUUACUGGAUAAACAGUUGAAUUCGCAGGAAAGUUUUACGUCCAAUUGGCGCCACUCCACAAUCGCAGUUGGUAAACUUUGGGUCCGCCCGAUGAUAAAUUGUUAAGGAACUUUUCCCAACGAAUUUUCCUUUUCGGCAGCAAGUGGCAAUUGAAAUGACAAUUUCGCAAUCAGAUAACAUUUAAGUUUCGGGAAAGUUACAAUGCCGCUUUGUUAAUCCAAAUAAAAGCAGAGCUAAAGUAUAUAGAUUCAGUAUCCUCUGAGAUACGAAAAGACUGCACAAUAAAUCCAAAAGGUGAGCAGAGUCACUGAUUUGAUUGGUUUAGCACACAUCCGCUACACUUAAACGAACAAAUACACUCGCCAAAAAAGUUUGACCAAUCUCAGAAUAUCUCGAAUGAAUCCUCGAAGAACUAGUUUUAAUGUAAGCAGCCCAAAAAUAUUGAGCUGAGAAUAAAAAACUCCCUCGUGUACCAAAUGAAUUGAAUCAGAAAAAUGCUUGUUGUGGUUUCCUUUUUUUUAUGUUUCUAAAAUGUUUCUGAAAAAAGAAAUGUCUCAUAAAUGCGUGUCCUACAGAAAGCCAACUUUCUUGUUUCAUUAAAGAUUAAUCUAUCUAUAAAGUACAAAUUACUGCAUCAAAACUGAACCAAGACAAUGUUAUUGGUUUCACGCUGGUUGUAAGAACUUCUUUAUCGAGGGCCCACCUGCUGCUCCCUCCCUGGUUGAUAGACAAAGGCUGAUGUUAAGUUUAGCCAUCCCCUGGCCGAGGGCUAAUUGGUUGUGUCUGUGCACAUUGAAAAUGCUUCGUGACCGCCGCGUCCGCCGUGAUGCACUACCAAUGAGGACAGCCGGGGAGCUGCAACACGAGGCAGCACUGCCAAAUGCGGUAAUUGGAGCGCCGACAAGUAAAUAAGCGCAAUCCCAGCGUCCAAGCGGAACUCACCUCUAAGGCACAUCGGGCACACGCAACCUGUCACGUCCCGGCUCCAGUUUGAGUUUGGAGAAGCCCGUACAUUUGGCAAAAGGCGAACCGCACGCCAUGGUCAUGGAGGCCCUCAUGGCAGCCCUGCCCACGCUGACGACGGAGGCAGCUGGCAGCAGCCUCUGGCUCACCAGUGCGCUGUCCCUUUCCGAGAUGCUGGCCAACAGUAGCACCAGCCCCAACACAUCUCUGGUUGCCGCCACCACCAGCUCUGCGGCCGCAGCGACGGCAUCCACAACUUCCGCAGCGGAAGCUGUGGGAAAGGUCCCAGACAAGCACGAGGUGAAUGACAAUGUAUCUACGGUACUGAGUUCAUAUCCCGGCUAUAUACACUAUCGCGACAAGUACGACCUCAGCUACAUUGCCAGAGUGAACCCGUUCUGGCUGCAAUUCGAGCCGCCGAAAUCCAGCACGUUCUACCUCAUGGCCGCCCUCUACUGCCUCAUCUCGGUGGUGGGGUGCGUGGGGAAUGCGUUCGUCAUCUUCAUGUUCGCGAACCGCAAGUCGCUGCGGACGCCGGCCAACAUUCUGGUGAUGAAUCUGGCCAUUUGCGACUUUCUAAUGCUCGUCAAGUGUCCCAUUGCAAUAUACAACAACAUCAAGGAGGGGCCGGCGCUGGGCGAUGCAGCCUGUCGCAUCUAUGGAUUUGUGGGCGGCCUCAGUGGCACCUGCGCCAUCGGGACACUAACGGCCAUCGCCCUGGAUCGGUACAAUGUUGUGGUACAUCCGCUCCAGCCGUUGCGCCGCUGCUCGCGACUUCGCUCCUACCUGAUCAUCUUCCUCAUCUGGUCCUACAGCUUCCUCUUUGCGGUGAUGCCCGCCCUGGAUAUCGGGCUUUCCGUUUACGUGCCGGAGGGAUUCCUGACCACCUGCAGCUUUGAUUAUCUGAACAAGGAGACCCCUGCGCGCAUCUUCAUGGCCCUCUUCUUUGUGGCCGCAUACUGCGUCCCCCUGACCACCAUCGUGUACUCGUACUUCUACAUCCUCAAGGUGGUGUUCACGGCGAGCCGCAUCCAGUCGAACAAGGACAAGGCCAAGACGGAGCAGAAGCUGGCAUUCAUCGUGGCUGCCAUCAUCGGACUGUGGUUCUUGGCCUGGUCGCCCUACGCAAUCGUGGCCAUGAUGGGGGUCUUCGGCCAGGAGCGGCACAUCACGCCCCUGGGCUCCAUGAUACCGGCACUCUUCUGCAAGACAGCCGCCUGCGUGGACCCGUACUUGUAUGCCGCCACGCAUCCCCGAUUCCGCGUCGAGGUCCGCAUGCUCUUCUUUGGACGCGGCGUCCUGAGGAGGGUCUCCACCACACGAUCCUCAUACAUGACCCGCUCAAGGUCCUCGUUCAACCGACGAUUGCGUCCACCCCUCGACGCGGAACACCGGGUGGAGUCCUACCUAAUGAACAACAACCUGAUGAUGGUGCCCGAGGAGACGGAGGAGAACGAGGAAAUUGUCGUUGUGGCUGAGUUUAAUAACUCCUCGUACACCGGCAUGGAGCAGAGUAAGUUCUAAAAGGUAAGAGUAUGUCGCACCAAGGAAAGAGAAGAUGACGCUCUGCCAACCUGCAACUGGAAGGCACACACAUAGAUAUGAGUGGCGUUGUGGCGCAAUCUGUUUAACAUCGAAUCCUCGGAAUCCUCAGUCAUAGGGGAAAUUUGUCAUGCAUACUCGAACACACACUGGGGACCCGAUGCGAAUGCGCAAUGUGAAUCUCUAUGCCACAAAGAAGAGCCAGCUGCUUUGUUGGGUCACUGCAAUGGAUGCCAUGCCGCCGAGGGACUCCCACAUCGCGCCCCAUAAUGAAAGCGAACGAAAAAUGAAACGGAAAUGAAAAUGGAACUGGAACUCUUGGCCAUUGUGCUGUGUGUUAUGAAAUCCCUCUUCCUUCUCAAGGAGGAGAAGCCAUAGCCAUAGCCAUAACGAUAGCGAUAGCGACAGCGACAGCGACAGCAACUGAAGAAAGUGAUAGCAAAACAAACUCGUAUUUAAUGAGCUUACAGAAUGUUUUGAGGGAAUCCGAGUACAAUAGUCGAAGUACAGCAUGUGCAAUAGGAACUGGUAAUUAUGUAAGUCUAGGGAAUUAAGUGGUAGGCAUAAGCAAAGGCAACAUUAGUACAAAGAGCGAUUCGAUUGGGAGUCGCAGAGGCCGAGUCUGUGACCGUGGGCGUAGCAGUGGCAGUGGCAGUGGCAGUGGCCCGCCGGGCAAUGCGAUGGAAAUACGACACAUAAUAUCAGGGAAAAUCAUACAUUGAAUCUGGAUAAUUGGGCAAGCCGGACGCACGUCUGGCAUUAGCAACUAGGGGAAAUUUCGGGGGACAGCGACAGGAUGAUAUUAAAAGGAUUUUCAGAUUGUUUUUGUGUUCGGCCACUAUUUGAGGGGUGCACAAUCAGCCUGAUUGCGUCCCAUUUCAAUUGCAUUGUGAUGGCAGCUUAGUUGUGCAUUAGAGCUUUUCAUUAUUCAAAGGAAGCCACAGAUACAUUUUCAAUUUCGCAAAGUAAAUUAAUUUAAUUGCUUUUAUGUCUUGAUGUCUACUCCUGUGGCCCUAUGUACCUUAUAGAUAUAGUGGGAUCUGAUCUGUAUGUUUGUAUGUAUAUCGUAAUCACUCUACCUAACUAAGCGAACGACUCUGAUAAAGUCAACGAGUACUUGUACCUGUCACGACGAUAGAACAUAGAAAAGGAACUAAGCAACCUAUAUAUCGAAUUUAUACCCCAUAAAUGUACUACUCUAUCUGUGUAUCACUUUUUUUGUAUGUAUGUAUGUAUGUAUGUGUGUAAGAAUAUGUACUAUGUCCAUGUAUUUAGGGACACUACAAUUACAAUGGGUCGGAGAACAAUGACGGAACAGAAGAUGAACCAGUAGCCAAGCAUUUUAAUUACGAGAAUACAAAUUUAAGCCAUUGUUGGGCAAACCUGUGUACUGUUUCCUUCGAAAUGGUGGAGAACAAUAGGCACGGACACAAGCACGGAUACAGUGGCACUGGCACGGCCACGAGCACCAGCACGGGCACGGGCUCGGGUCCAGUAACUCGUACCGUGUUGGUUGUAAUGGUCCUCAAAACAGAAUUGCAGAGAGUACCUAGCCAACAACGUGAAAGGGAAACAGAGCAAAGGGAAAACAAUUUAAUUAGCAUAUUUAAAAUGCACUUUGACAGCAGUUUAUUUUUGUGUGUGCAAGCGCUUGUAUCCAAAUUAGUUCAAUUCCGUAAUUGUUUAAUAAACAUGUUUUGUAUUAACGGCAAUGUUGAACCAAAGAACCUUCAAUAAAUGUGUGCAAA